ACAAGGGUUGCAUUUUUUUCGCGCGUAUUUUUGAGAUGAAACAAGUGAAAUUAAUAAUUUUGCUGUAUAGUUUUUAACAGAGAAAUUUCUGGCAGUAUGUAGAUUUAAGGAAAAUAUUUUACUAUGUGGAUAAAUGAACUGUGGAUUGAAUCGAGGCUAACUUUACGGAAUAAGUGAUGUAGAAUCAAGAGGAAGAUCAAAUCUUUUGCUGUGAUAUUUGAUAUAGAGCGACCCAAGAUGAAGAAAAUGACACAAAUCCACACCGCGGCCAUUAUCUUAGGCUGUUACUUUGCCAUAGCUCAUGCUCUAGUUUUUGACAAAUGUACAAGACACGACCAGUGUCCCCAAAAUUCAAGAUGUCGGCCAACCGGAUGCGACGGUUACACGUGUCGCUGUGACCCCAACUAUGUCCAUAGUCACGACAGAGCCAGCUGUUUACCAGCCAGAAAAAUAGCAUAUUCAUGCAACGCCAAAACCAGCAAAUGCCUAUCGAACUUCGCAAUCUGUGAGGAUAACGUUUGCCGCUGUAACGACCUGAUGGAACCGACCCCCGAGGGUCGCUGUAAGGACCCAGAGUUCAGCGUGCUGGAGGAGUCGUGUCUGACCAAGCCCUGUAGCGGGGGGACGGUCUGUGAGGGGGACACCUGCGUGUGUCCCCAAGAUAUGAGACGACUGACCGACGAGGAGUUCUGGAUUGAUGCGAUGAAUACUGACUACUGUAUUGACAAAGACUUCUCCGUCGAUUUUUGUAACGGGACACGGUUACCUAUACCUAUACCUAUGCUGACAACACCACCCCCGUCAGUAAAUCCGCCUGGUGGGUCCCUCUCGAAUUCUACCCCGUCUUUUCCCAGAUCGUUCACAAAGAUCGUGUCCCUUGUUGAACAAGACGCCGACAUUUACGAUCUCUGUUCCCGUCACGAGCAAUGUCCUGCGCAUGCGCAGUGUCGUCCAGAAGGCUGCAAGGGUUUUAGCUGUUUGUGUGACAAGGGAUACAUGGCGACGACGGACCGGAAAUCUUGUGUGAAAGCUGUGAAGGUUAACGAGGCCUGUGACACCAACACCAGCUGUAUCUCCCCGUUCGCUCUCUGUGACGGAGUGUGCCGCUGCCUCGACAUCUUCGUACCGACCAAAGACGGGCGAUGCAAGCUCCCCGACAUCAGCUUCGUGGGGGAGGAGUGUAGUUUAGACGAAUGUGAAUAUCCGGCAACAUGUGUGGAUGGGAUUUGCCGAUGUGUAGGAGAGUACAGAGAGAUAACGUCCGAGGAGUUCUGGGUGGAUCCAACAAAUAUUUGGCAAUGUGCCAAAAAUAAUACGUCACUGGCUACUUGCAAUGGAUUGAACGUUACUUUGCCGACAGCAAUGACACCUCCCCUUCCUAAAAUCAACAAAGAAACAACGCCAUCCAACAUCAUCUCAACAACAACUGGAGGCAAAGAAACAACACCAUUUAACAUAUUAACAACAACAACAACAGCUAUAGCUGAUAUAACAACCAAAACAAUCGAUGAGAUAUCAUCACAAUCAGCAAAAACAACGACAGCUACAAAUAGACAGAAAACAACAUUGAAUGUGCUGGACAACGGUGAACACGCAUCGGAGUCAACAACAUCGUCAAGUUCGAUUGUAUCAACUAAACCUUUAAAUGUGGAGUCCAGUACUAAAAGCACAACAAUUCAAGCAAAGGUAUCGGAAAAAUUGCAAACGACGACACCGACGUCAGUUUCUGGGACAGAAACAACUGUGGAUAAAAAUGAGAUGUCAGCAGCGACAACGACAACAACAACUGCUGAGAUGUCAACAAAAACAACAACAAAAAUAACAACAACAACAAGUGAAAACCUACAGACAGCAUCGAUAACUACACCCACAGAGAAAACAGUCACAGACCACCCAAUAAAUGAUUCCUCUACUAACAGUACAACAUCACAUACUAGUACAUUCCCAACCGAAGAUAAUUCAGUGAUUCUAACAAAAAUCAAACUCACACCUACUGUCAACACGAAUGUAGGCCCGUCAGUGGGAGACUUCUCAACAACACAGCGAUCAGAAAGCAUGCAAGUGACUUCCGAUAUAACAACAACAACAACAGUGAAUAAGGAAAAUAAUGUUGAAUCCUCUGUAUCACCAUCUGCCGACUCUUCACUUGCAACGAAUAAAGAAAGUAGCCUCAAAAGCAAUAGAAAUGUGAUAAAUAGAAGCGAUUCUAAUUUAGAAGCAUCGCCGUCUUCAGAAUUCCCAACAGAGGCAUUAUCUUCGACAAGGUCGGGAACAGAUUUCGGAUUGGAUGAAAACAAAAUGACAACUACUAAGAAAACAGCUACUACAACAACAGAAAGAACAACACAAAUGGCGACGUCGUCGAACACAACCUCUGACACAGGAAAGAUUGUUGCUCAGUCUACAACAACAACUUCAUCGGUUCACCCCAACUCCGAGUCUGCAAACCCAGAUGAUAGGAACUUUAGCAGAGACAGUCAAACUGGUUCGACAACCACAAGACAACCGACAACCUCGACUCAAUCUCUCUCAACAGACGACAGGAAUCUCAGCAGGGACAGCCAAACUAGUUCUCCUACGAACCAACCGAAAACGUCAACGAAUUUUCCUUUUGGACCAACCAUUAAUAGCUACCUGUGUGAGUCCCUUGCCUUUCAUUGCUCUGAAAUCCUGUGUAUCCCGUCCAACUGGGUGUGUAACGGAGAGAAGGACUGUCCGGACGGUCGGGACGAGGAUCGAUCCAUUUGCAAUAAGGACCGUGUCUGUCCGCCGGAUGAGUACAGGUGCUCCAACUUCCGGUGUAUUCCUGGAUCCUGGCUGUGUGACACACAAGAAGAUUGUCCUAAUAAAGAGGACGAGUCCAAAGCAGCGGGAUGUUUUGUACCUGACCUUGACCCCGGUACGGAGACCGUGACCUUUGAGACCAUGAUCUCCAGUAUGUUUAACUCGUCCACAAUGAUUCUGUUCAAAGCAAUCAACGAUAUUCGUGUACACAUUCCAAAUGCACUCAUGCCACCUGUGUCUCCAAAUACCACUGCAACCAGCGUUAACACGACCGCGCAUGUUCCGGAAGUUCCGGAACUGAAGGAAAAAGAACCAGCCGAGAAAAGUUACACUGGGACAGCAGGGCUGGGAAGUUUAGAGAGUAUAGCAAUAGCUGCAGCUGCGGGCCUUGUUUUUCUGAUCAAUGUGAUAGGUAUCAUCCUGGCGCUAACCCGACGCAACCGACGCCGAAAAUUGGACAAAAAACCACCAAGCACAAUGAGUACGUCUAUGGCGUCAUCAGACGACACGGAGAGCGGGAACUUUAAAAUUCCUCGCCCGAAUGUCCUCUAUCCUCCGUAUUACGUGAAGGAGGACUGGAAUACAUGGAACAGCACGCACUUCACGCAGUAUGCUGAACAAAUGUACGCGAUGGAUGAACACAGUGACUUCUAUCCAGGCUCGCUCAAAACACUCUAAAAUGCUUUAUCUGAUAUCAUCGCUUUCACUCGUAUAUACAGCAUAGUUUGAUUUCGGGUAUGACGAACCCGAUGUGUUUUGUCAAAUGGAAAAAAAGGUGAAAAAAGUUUUGGAUUAAGUGUUUUGUUUGCCCUUUUGGGUCAAAGGUGAUUAGUUUUAGGAAAUAUGUGAUGAGAGUCGUGGAAAUAUGGCAAAUCGAUAAAACGAUGAAUAUUUAUUCAAAGAACAAACUAAAGUGUGAUAGUGGGUUCAGUGAUUUAUUUGGUGAUACCACACUUGUCAUGAGAAGGAGGGCCUUGACAUGACGGGGGCUUUUAAAAAUAACCAUGGGAUUUGAAUAUUGAAGAGUAAAUAUUAAUCAUGGAAUUAAAAGGUCUGGUCUGCUCCAGCAAAAUUUUUGACAAUUACAGAGUGAUCCAGUUUAUGUAUCUCGAGUCCAUUGACAUUAUGAAAUUUGUUAACAGUUUGGUUUGUCUUUUGAAUCGCAUCAGUAUAUGCAUUUUUUCGCAUGCUUUUUUUUUUUUUAGUAAAUACAUGUAUGCACAAUGAGGACAUGUGUAAUUUUUAAACAUCUCUGAAAAUAUUUGUGUCUAAGUAAAACAAAUCAAAUGGGUAAUAUUCAAAUCCUUACCUUUAUUUUUAUUUUUCACUGAAAUUGUAUUUAGUUGUUCUCUUUAAUAUCAAUAAAAGUUGUCUUUUUUCCCAAAUGUAACAGAAACCUAGACAUCAUUUGAGCCGAACAUUUUCAAAUUUAUUUUUUAAUAUUUAAUGGAUAUUAUACCAUCUUUUUUUUAAAAGUAAAAACAGAUUACAUAGCGUUAAAAGUCACAUUUAGCGCGACGUUAAUAAAACAUGAUUGAUUUUAUUUUACUCGUGGAUUUUGUAAUAUGCAAAAUAUUGUGUUACCUAGAAAGUAAAACUGUUUACAAACAGUAAACUAGCAAUUUUCUUUUUCUUUAUCUAAUUUAAAUUUUUUUUCUCGUAGAACGAUAUUUUUUACAUCGCUUCUAACAUUUUACCUAGCUGAACAAAAUAUUUAUAGUCAUCAGGAGAAAUUAUGAUUUUAGUUUUAUGUUCCAAGAAUUCCAUAUUUGUAUGUCUCAAACUAGUCACAUGUAAAUUAGAUGGGUUUUUUGUGGAUCUAAGAUCAACAUUGUUUGCUUUUUUUCAUGUCUUGUUCAUGUAAAAUGUACCAAAAGGGAGAUACCUAUUUCAUAUUUGUUUAAAAUGUAUUCUAUUUAUAUUCAAUAAAAAGUGCAAAAAAUUCUUCUUUUGUGACUGAUUAAACAUAGGA